GAUUUAAUUUUUCAAUAGUUUCUUGGUAAAAAUCCCUUCUUCUACUCGUUGAGUCGUCUUACUUUCAUAACUCGUGACCGUGACUCCGUGAAUUGAAUCAGCAUUCAUCAGAUCACUGACUGUAGGUUUCAAAUUGAGAUGAGCCGUAAUCGUAACGUAAUAGUGGCAACUGGGUUACUAGCAUUUGCUUCUGCAGGCUUAGCAUUUCCUUUUUACAUGGCAUCUUCAAAGAGUAGUCCAGUAAUUGAUUCUUCAAAGCCAUUGCCGCCGCAAGCAACUUUUCGAGGGCCUUAUAUAAACACCGGGUCGCGUGAUAUUGGACCUGAUCAUCGGACUUACCCUAAGAAAUGAAUUCAAGGACGUAACUUGAGAUGAUUUGGUUCAAAAACCAAUAGCAUAGAUGAAGGCAUGGCGGAUUUCAGUUUCAUAUAUGAAUCCGAAACCAUGAACACGUGAGGGCAGCAUUGUUGGGGCUUCUCAGAAAAAAUAUCUCAUAGGUGAUCUCAAGUUCUGAACAUAACAAGGAAGUCAUUUUAGUUCAUUUUCAUUGGAACAUAGUAUUAUCAGUGAGGUAGCUGAAGCUCAAAUGUAAUUGCCUUUGUAACUUUGCGGAUUCUUGUUAGUAGUUAGAGAUGAAAUCUUGAUCGGUCUGGAUUUAUAAAUGCAGUUAUGCACUGUAAUGCUUGCAAUGACUGCUCUCUUUCAAUAUGCAGUGCACUUCACUUCUCAAAUAUGCAGUGCACUUUAUUUC